AUGGAAACCUUUGAAGAUCAAAAGCUAAGCGUGUCUUUGGACUGGGAGAUGCGUUUCAACAUUAUUUUAGGAAUAGCUCGUGGGCUUGUUUAUCUUCAUCAUGACUCCAGAUUAAGGAUCAUCCAUAGAGAUCUGAAAACCAGUAACAUUCUUUUAGACAAGGAGAUGAACCCCAAAAUAUCCGACUUUGGCUUGGCAAGGAUGAUUGAAGGCAAAGAGACCGAGGCUAACACAACUAGAGUAGUUGGAACUCAUGGCUAUAUGUCUCCGGAGUAUGUUUUACAUGGACUUUUUUCAGUUAAAUCCGAUGUUUUUAGUUUUGGUGUAGUUCUACUAGAGAUAAUAAGUGGAAAAAAGAAUACUGGAUUCUAUCAAUCAAAACUUGCUACGAGCCUUAUAGCUUAUGCAUGGAGAUUGUGGGUAGAAAACCAUGUGUUGGAUUUAAUGGACUCAGCUCUGCAUGAAGUUUGCAAUGCAAAUCAGUUUGUGAAGUGUGUAAAUGUUGGACUCUUAUGCGUACAAGAAGACCCAAAUGAUCGUCCCACGAUGUCAAACGUUUUUACCAUGCUCGAUAGUGAAGCUGCAACAAUUCCAACUCCAAAACAGCCAGCAUUUGUUCCAUGGAGAGGCCAUCCUAUCAAAGCUAGUUCUUCUAGUGAACCGGAAUUAACCAGCAGUUUAGGAGGAAGAUAAUCAAUAAUGUAUGAUACCAAUGCAAGCUAUCGUGAGUUUGUCCUUUACUACACUUGCAAAGGUUCAAUUAGACCAAACAUUUGAUAUCAAUUCUGGUAGAGAUACCAAGCUGCUCGUAGAUAUGGUGCUUACCGGAAAAAUCUCAUGUACUACUAUUUUGGACUAUGGGUUUAUCAUU